AUGGCAUCGACAGCCACUCGCCGUCUCGCCGACAGUGUCUCUUACGUUGUCCUUUCCUCAAGCACGUCGGGCCAGCUCACCAUCCCUCUCAUCGAUCCAGUGACAGGCAAGACCGUGCACUAUGCUCUCGUCAAGGUCGACACUCCGCCAACGGUUGCCAGCCUCGGUCUCAGUCCGCGCCUGCACAUGCGCUCGGUCUCCGAGAGUGGUCAUCUUCAUGACUCUCACCCGCAAACUCAGACCGCCCGUAGACUGGACCGACUAGCCAAGGAAUGCAUGCUUGACGUCUCUAGCAACGCGCUCCGUAUGUUGGAGGAAGAUAAGGAAUGGCCUAGCCUGGCUUCGUCGUCCCGGUCGUUCUGUGUGCCCUCAUCUUCUUCGCGACUCCAUGCGCCUAGGGUGUUCUCCUCCAACACCUUCAGAUUCGACGGGCGCCCGACGUCCUACGCCGAGACGCCCUCUCUAUACAACGAGUCCCAAUCUGAUGAGUCGGUCUCGUAUGUCGGCACGCCUAUCUCGCACUCUCGGUCACGUCGGCAGAACACGGUCACGGCGCUCGGUUCGGCGGAUACAAUGGACUCCUCGAUGCUCGUCGGCCUAGGCAUCUCUGGAAUGACGAAGGAAGACGGUUCUCCGUUCGAUGGGCUUGGUUCUCUCCCGCGUACUGCCUACACCGCCACCAGCACCGACUCGCCCAUGCCAUCUCCUCCCGCUUACGCACCCGCAUCCGAGUCCUCAUGGUCGUUCUUGCCCGAGCUCUCCCCCGCUGCCUUCGCCAGCGACGCCCCAGAGGAUCCCGUCGCGCUCUUCUGGAAAACCGCAACUUCCGCCGACUUCCGCCGGUACCUCGACAACAGCGUCUCGUCGCACCUGCAUUCCGCACCUGCCGGCGCGUGUGGCUCGUGGAAGGUUGCCAAGAAGGUCGGAACGAUGCACGCGCUGGGGCUCGCGCCGCCGAGCCUAAAGUGUCACAAGAAGCGCUUUAGCAUGCCCCGCGCUGAAGAAGAUUUGUUCAUGUGCGAGACACCGGCUAUGUCGAGCUUGAGCGAUAGGAUUAUGACCCAUCUGGAAGGCGCAAAGCUGGAAGAGGAAUCCUGGAUGAAGGCGAGCAAUCUUCUGGAUGUGGGUACAAGCCGGAGGCCUGUCUCUUGUAUGCUCUGA